UUUUCUCCACCCGUAGCGCUAUUAAAUACACAAACCGAUUUUCUCUCUCCGAGACAAUGCUUUCUUCAUCUUUAAUAUUGAUGUUCAAUCUCUGAACGCUUUCGUUCUCUCUUCCUCUGUUCGUAGAUUGCCUCUCUUUCUUUCUCUGAGAUCGUGGAUCGCCCUCUCUACGAUCGCAAGUAUUCAAUAUGGGGCAUAGAAAUAUGCUAUGCACUAAUCAGAUGAUUGGUUUUGGAUUGGAUCAAAAUGGCCAGAAUUAUCUCCGUUCAGAGCCCUGCAUCCUUUUCGGGGCCAAUACAAGUUUUGCACAACCCAAUAUCCGGAGUAUGGUAUCAGCUUCAGGGAACACAGCAAAUGUUGACCUCCAAUAUGUAGAGCACUGUGAAAAUGCUAUGAUCUAUGCGAUGCCACAUUACAAUGGGAUGCAGCAUCAUCAUAAUCCUGAUUUAGGUAUCGCACCUGCUGCCAACUUUUAUUAUUCAUACAUGACACCUUCAUCUGGUGGUGGGGUAGUUCCUGCUCCCCGAAGUCAUGGGGCCUCAGGUCAAUUGGCAUCUUCCAGCAAUUAUGGAGUCAUGGGAGUUUCUGCAGAUGAGCAUGGAAGCAACAGUCAUCUUGUGGAUGACAUCAGGGGUCCAUGCAAGAGAAAAUAUGCUGAAAGAACUGCUGGGAGUUUUCAGCAUAAUGAUGCUUCAUCAAGCUCUAGUUCUUCAGUUGCUCUCUUGAAUUCAAGGCAUCCUGAUGGCGUUUCUGUAAUGGAUUCCUCAUCUUUUGACCUGUCUCAGUACAGAGGGGUUGGUACUCCAUCACUCAUGGAAGUAGGACCCCAGAAUAGUUUGGGAAACAGAUCAGGUGCUACUGGGAUGGAUUCUCUUAUGGUGCAUGACCAUAGUCAUUUGGUUCGUGGAAAUUAUAUGGGUCAGCCUUUUCAGCCAGCUGGUGCUCUCUGGUUGGAGCAACAGUUGAGCAGUAAUUCCAGUGAUGGAGGUACUUCAGUCUGGAACCAGCCUCCUGCAAUGCCUCACAUGCAUGGGAGCAAUGCCAAUGGAGGUUCUGUGGAGACUCGCAGCAUGGGUGCACCGAGAUAUCAUGAGACAGCUAGCAACAGAAUUUCAUCUGGUUUCCAGCAUCCAUCCCCCAUCAAUCACCGGCACCACAAUCAUCAACAUCCAAGCCCGUCAAUGCUAGGAGUGAGAGGCCAGACUAUUAACUUUCACCCUCAAGUAGCUGCAGCUUCAUAUAGAGUUCCUACAAAUUCUUUACGCAGCACUCCGAAUCCUUCUCAAAAUAGUUUUGAGAUGGGUCUAAGGAAUUUGGCAGCUGUUCCACCAACUGGGCUUCGGAUAUACCGUCCUCACAGAGGGGGGUUCAUGCCUGAGGCAACUCCUAGACAUCACAACCUGCCACACUUGAGAGUUCUGCAGGCUGAUGAAACUGCCAUACUAGAUAUUCCAGAAUUUUAUCAAGUGGGGAGUUUGAUGGACCAUCAUAGAGAUAUGAGGUUGGAUAUAGAGCACAUGUCUUAUGAGGACCUUCUUGCAUUGGGGGAACAGAUUGGGAAUGUAAGCACUGGGUUGUCGGAGGAAACUGUCACAAGUCAAUUGAGGACAAAAACCUAUCUAUCAUCUGCUACUGUUAUUAAUCUGGAGGAAGCAGCUUCUUUGGAUCAUGAAGCUGAUUCUUGCAUUAUAUGCCAGGAUGAAUAUAGGAACCAAGAGAAAAUUGGAAUUCUUGAUUGUGGGCACGAUUAUCAUGCGGAUUGCUUAAAGAAGUGGCUGCUCGUGAAGAAUGUCUGCCCCAUCUGCAAAUCUGAGGCCUUGACCACAGGAAGGAGGGAUGUAUAGAAAUGGGUUGACAGUUGGAAGAUCGAGUGAAAAAAAAAAAUACUCUUCCAUUUGUCUUUCCAUUUGAAAGCUAAUUAUGGCAGCAAGUUGAUAUUUGUUUUAUAUUUUGUAAAUGAACAUAUAUGACUUGACAGUUGUAAUGUUCGAACCAUUUAUUUGUUGGCUUCUGGAACAUGGGUCUCGUUGCCUAAACAGAAACUGUACAGACUUUCUCAUGUUGCUCAGUAAACUCUAUUCCACCCAA